UGUUUGUUGUGUGUUUUUUUUUUGUUCCCGCCAUGAAGGGGCUCGUACCGGGGCUCCCGCUGCUCCUCCUGCUGCUCCUCCCGCUGCUCCACGGAGCCGCGCGGGCCGCCGCCGAGGACGGAGACAGGCCGCGGGUCCAGCCGCUGCUGGAGCCGCGAGGCAACGAGAGCCGAGACCACUGCCGUCUCCCUGCCAGGGUCGGUCCCUGCCGCGCUGCUUUCCCGAGGUUUUUCUACAACGUCACGUCUCAAACGUGCGACAGCUUCAUCUUCGGAGGCUGUGAGAACAACACCAACAACUUCCAGACGGUGGAGGAGUGUCUGGCAGAGUGCAGCGGGGUGACAGGCAGUGUCCUCCCUGACGACUCGGCUCCUGCCUCUCCGGCUGCUCCUGCUGCUGUCAAAGCUCCGCGGGGGGCCCCUCCCCCUCCAGCUCCGACCCAGUCCUCUCAGAAGAACGAGUCUUCCCCCGAUGGACGAGCAGAGCUGUGCGAGGCGGAGCCGGAGGCGGGGCCGUGCAGGGCGGCGUUCCAGCGCUGGUUCUACGACCGGAGCACCGGCAGCUGCCGGACGUUCGUCUACGGAGGCUGCAGGGGCAACAAGAACAACUACCCGAGCGAGGACAGCUGCGUGUCCAGCUGUGCAGUCCAGGUCCUGCCGUCCUCCAAGAAGCUCGCGGUCGACCAAGAAGACAUCUGCUCGGCGACCCCUGACCCCGGCCCCUGCCGCGCUGCCUUCCCCAUGUACUACUACGACGGCGCCAGCGCCACCUGCCAGUCCUUCCUGUACGGCGGCUGCCAGGGCAACGCCAACCGCUUCGGCACGGAGGAGGAGUGCCUGAGCCGGUGCAGCUCCGAAGGUGACUUCGACAGACUGGACCGGAAGCGCAGCCGCUGGACAGCAGCUGUGUUUCUCUUCGCCACCCUCACCGUCAUCUCCGUUCUGCUGCUCGCCGCCCUCAUCUUCAUCACGCUGAGACGCCACCGUCUGCCUCGCAGACCGUCUUCCUUCAGCGAUAAGGAGGAGCUCCUUCCAGAGGAGUCGUCCUCUCUGGACUCCCUGAGUGUCCCGGAGAGCCCAAGGCCACAAGCCAAGGCCUGAAGGGGGGGGGGGGCGCCACGUCCCCGAGUCCCCAGCAGGGGGGGUCAGCGAGUCCCCGCUGGGGGGUGAUUACUAUUAUUGACUGUAGCUGUAAAGUUUGAUCGGCAUGAAGUCGACGGUGAAUCAUUUAUUAACGUGAUUUUAAUUGAAGUUUUUAAUGAGAUUGAAGUUCUGUUACCGUCUUCCUCUUCUUCCUCUUCUUCCUCUUCUUCCUCCUCCUCCUCCUCCUCUCUCACUGCAACAGGUUAUUCAGGUUAUUAAGUUUUAAUCAGAUCGAUGGUGAUUCUAAAGCUGUUUUACUGCCUGCUGUUACUGUCUCCUCCUCUCGGCUCGCACCAAUCAGAUUUCUCUGAACUUGAAAAUUCCUGAGAUCCAAACUGAAACAGAUUCAGGUCAAACAGGGAGUAAACUUCAGUUCCCAUGAUGCACCAGCUACCCGGAGGGUUUUUUUUUCGAGGUCUUGUAGGGAUUGAUCGGUAUUAUUUAUUGUAUUGAAGGGUUGAAUUUUUCUGUAAAAGCGUUUCUGUGAACAAUAAACUUUUUUUCCAGACUUCA